AUGGAGAAGAUUUCUGGCAUCACGUACAAGCUGGAUGUUGACAGCCAGGAAAACAUGGAGGACUUGCUGUACGCCUACGGCAUCCACGACCUGGAGGUGAUCCGGAACGCGGUGACGCUGGACUCGACGUUCAUGCUGACGGUGGAGGGCGACCGCUUCACGCAGACCUCGCAGACGGGCGACUGGAAGGAGUCCUUCUCGUACCGGCUGGGCGAGCCCUUCGACCAGGUGGCGUACAACGGUGUCAAGAUCCGCAGCGUCAUCACGGCAGUGGGCCCUACGACGCACUGCCACGUCCAGGACUACGAGGACGGCUUGCAGAUGAAAAUAGAGAAGUGCUUCAGCCCCGAGAAGCUCGUCCUGACUCUCACCCUCAAGGAUAUCGUCGCAAGGCGAGAAUACCUCGCUGUAAAUAAGUGA